CCAAUCAAGAGGCGGAAGAGCUAAAAGGAGCCCAAUAAGGUGCAACGAGCCGUCGAGAGUUGGUGGCGGUUAAAAUUUGAACAUAGUGGCGGCGGAGGCUUAGCGGAUGGACUGGGCUGAACUUCGGCUUCUCGCCGCAUAGUGAGUAAACGAAAGGCUUUACGAGGACUCCUUCCUUCCACCCCCAGUUUUGUGCCCUCUGACGAGGUCUAAGAGAGGUGCGUGCGGAUGAUGGCGAGGUGUUCUUUUCGCAGUUGUGGUCCGUGCACAAGGCAGGGCAGCAAAAUGCUGGGGUCCCUCUAAUUUCCACCUUUCAGUUUCUGGAAGGAGGUUUGGGCUCUUGGUCGCCUUUGUUCUGGAAACUCAGCGGUACCGGGUUCGUGAGGCUUGGACAAGAACAUCGAACUCUCUACUGCCAUAACUGCUAUCCAUUCACACGAACAAGCAGGCUGAAGGCAGUUCUUUUAAAAAUAAGCAUACACCUUUGCGCCUUCCAACUUCUUUCCAGUCGUGACGAGAAAAUAGGGUUUAUAGACCUGACUAUCAAAAGUCUUUAAUAUAGACAAUCAUGUCCCUGGAUGGGAAUGAGUGGGAGCUGAGCAAAGAGAAUGUGCAACCUCUUAGGCAAGGGAGGGUGAUGGCUACCCUGCAAGAAGCUCUGGCCCAGCAGGAUGUUUCCACUCAUACAACCAUCCAGCUGCAAAAGCGAGAGUUUGAAUCUGAAAUUCGCUUUUACAGUGGAGAUGAUCCUCUGGAUGUCUGGGACAGAUAUAUCAAAUGGACAGAGCAGACCUUUCCUCAAGGUGGUAAAGAGAGCAACCUCUCUGCUGUGUUGGAGAGAGCCGUUAAAGCACUGAAUGAGCAGCAAAGAUAUUACCAAGACCCUCGCUACCUCAGCCUCUGGCUUAAAUUUGGGAACUGUUGCAGUGAGCCUCUGGACCUGUAUGGCUAUCUUCACAGCCAAGGCAUAGGCACAUCGUUGGCACAACUCUACAUCACUUGGGCAGAGGAACUUGAGGCAAGAGGGAAUUACAGGAAAGCAGACUUAAUCUUCCAGGAUGGGCUUCUGUGCAAAGCGGAGCCUAUGGAUAAACUACUCUGCCAUCACAGACAGUUCCAGGCCCGUGUGUCUCGACAGGCUUUGGAAAACCUAGAGAUAGACUGUGAUGUGGAAGAGCCACUGGAUAGUCUUCCUUCUGAACCUCAGAGAACCACAUUGGCAGAACUUAAGGGAAGAGGAAAGAAAACAGUGAAAGCCCCAAUCAGCCGAGUAGGAAAUGCAGUGAAGUUCCCAAUCCAAGGACAAACAUUUCAGAUUCCAUCAUCUCAGCAAGGAUCGAAUUGUCCAGCCUUUGCUGUAUUCGAUGAAAACAGAGAUGUGGCUUCUAGACCUGAGCUUCUACCACUUGUACCACAGUCAUGGGUUGCACCUCCACCAGUAAAGUUUAAGGAGAAUGAAUUGCAGGCAGGACCAUGGAACCUAGGCAGGCGUCCCCGGAACAAUAUGGAUUCUGCUAACGUAACUCCUGUUGUAGUCCCCAGUUUUACUCCAUAUGUUGAGGAGUCUGCACAGCAACAAGCCAUGACUCCUUGUAAAAUAGAGUCUAGCAUGAAUUGUGUGCUAAGUGUAAGAAAGCCUGGGAAAGACGAAGAUCCACUACAUCGCGUACAAAGCCAUCAGCAAGAUAGUCAGGAAAAAAAAGAACAACCAAUGUAUUGUAAAGAUAAAGUAUAUGCUGGAGUGGAAGAGUUCUCCUUGGAAGAAAUUAGGGCUGAAAUCUACAGAAACAAAGCAAAGAAGAAAAGAGAAGAAGAGCUACAGAACAUAGCUAAGAAAAAAGCUGAGCUACAGAAGAAGAUUGAGGAGAUAGAGAAAAUGGUGAAAGAGCAGCAAGAAAAUAAUAAGCAGGGGCCAUCUGCACAGCAAGGAGAUGAGCAGGAACCUGCAGCCAUGUUAGAAGACAUGGCAGAGGAUCUGAAGCCUCCUGCAAUCAAAAGACAGCAAGCCCUAACAGAUUCUGAAGGAUCUCUUUUGGAUUGUUUUUCCUUGAAAAGCAGUCUUGAGAUUGAUGAAAAUGUUCAACACAAGAAAAGUUCAAGCGAGUCUGAGAUUCUUCCUGCAGUGAAUCCUUCUGUGCCUUUCUCUAUUUUUGAUGAGUCAUCUGCUUUAGAAAGUGAGAGUGCCAGUCUUUCUAUUGGCCCUUCCCUGGUACGUACCAGAUGUCCUCUUGCUGAUCGCAAACCUUCAGAAAGUAUUGCUGCCAAGGAAAACAUACCUCCUGAAAACUCUGAAAUUAUCCAUGAAAUUGAACCUUUGAAUGAAGAUGCAAUUCUCACAGGUUCAUAUAGGAACAAAGUCCUCUGUCCUAACCCUGAAGAUACCUGUGACUUUGUUAGGGCUGCCCAUCUGGCAUCAACUCCAUUUCACGGGGUGACAGAACAGAGAAAUCAGCUUGAUGAGAAGCCAAAGGGGAAGUGCUCAGAAUCUAAGACUGCACGGCUGAAUCAGCAAACAGUUGUUAGUGAAGAUCCAUAUACUGAGGCCCUCUUUGUGAAAAAGCUAAGUCCAAUCAUGGAGGCAAGUCAAGAAGAUACCAGGUCUUCUGCAUCCUCAGCUUCACCAACACAAAUUUCUACUAUUAAGUUUCAACAAAUCCCAGAGAAGCUAGUGUUGGCUCAAAGCUCCAUUGAUGAAAUUGCCAGUGAUGUUGAAAAUGCCUCUGAUUAUUCUCCUGAAGGUGCUGAACAGCGCAAACAGCUCUUACAACCUCUUUCAGAGGUGUUGACAAAAUCUCCAAACUUCGUUUUGGAGUCUCAGCCAAUGCCUUGGAUAGAAAUAGAAAAAGAAGUGCAUCUAGGGAAUGAGGUUUAUUCUAUUACUCGUGAAUAUUUGAUCAGUGAGGAUGACAAGGUGUUCUUUGCUGUACCAGCCAACUUUGCACAUGUCUCAACUUCAUUUUUAAUAAAGGUACAUUGUGAGCCUGUGCCGUGGGACUUCUAUAUAUUGCUGCAGUUACAGGCACGCUUGGGUGCUGAGUUCAAUCACAACUUUAGUGAAAACUGCACUUGUUUCUUAUACCACAAUGGCUGUGUGACUCUACAUAAGCAGAUAAAUUGCAUUACUCUCCAGGAUAUGCUUCAGUAUUGUAAAGUUAUUCCGCAAGAAGUGGUUAUGCUGAUCCUUGACAAUCUCCUGGAAGUGGUGGAGAAAUUGCAUAAAAUAAAUAUAGUUCAUGGAAAUCUGCAUCCAGGGACACUGUUCUUGGGAGACAGAAUUUGCAAUCCUUUUGGAAUGGCAGAGGCCAACAGUGCUCUGAAACUAGUGGAUUUCUCUCACAGCCUUGACCUGCAGCUACAACCAGCAGUAAAGUCCCUGAAAAGAUUUCCAGUAGCCCAUACCCAGUAUGGGCAGCAAAUCUUGGAUGAAAAGUCUCUUCCAUAUCAGGUGGACUUGCUUGGCAUCGCAGACACAGUCCAUCUGCUUUUGUUUGAGGAACAUCUGCAAGUUCAUCGGGAGGAAUACUACUGGAAAAUUAACAGAGAUUUAUCCCAGUCUGUUGACGAUGAUUUGUGGAAUCACUUCUUUGAGAAAAUUCUGAAUGCAAAUGGUGAGCCAUCUGUGCCUCUACUGAGAGAGCUGAGGGAGAACUUGAGUAGUGGGUUUGACAGUUCUUUCCAAGAACGCCUCGGUGAUUCCUUGACAAAGCUGGAAGACAUACUUCAUGUUGGAAAUAUUUUCUAACCUGCCAAAAAUAUUGCUCUAAUGUCCCCCAGCUUUUCUAUUUUGGUGAUCACCAUCAUCUUCCCAAGGCAAGUGAAAAUUCAUGGCUUCUUCUCUCAGUUCCCUGUUAGAUGUAUAGAAUUGCAACAACUUUCACAAUAAUUUUCUGAUGACUUAUUAAAAGAAUGCUGCUGAUGCCUUGAUCUUAUGUACAGUUUCUGUUCACUAGCAAACCUCUCUAUGCCAUUAAAUUUUCCUGGUAUGCUUCAUGUUAUCUUCAGUUUUUCAUCCUUGUGUUUCUGUACAUCUAGAUCCUGUUCUGUCUUCUCUUUGUAAUAACUGUUCAAUAAAUCUAUUUUGUAUUCACCUGUC